AUGAAGACAUAGCAAUUAACUGUCAAUCUCAUUUCAAGCUCAUUAAGGUUAUGUUACAUUUUUAUUGAAAACGAGAAAAAAUAGUCACAAACGAUGGCUGUGGCUUCAGCUGUGGCAAGCGGAGGCAUUGCUAAAUCGCGCACCGUAGGGUCAGCUGCCCUUUUAGUGUCCGGUGACCAUGUCUUCGAAAUACCGGCGAAAUUAAUAAAAAACCCAUCCGACAUGAGAAUCUGGGAAAAAUCCGAAGCUUACUAUGAAUACUUGGGAUUCAUUUUAGCCAUAAAUGAAGCAAUCAGAGGAAAAAGUAAUUCCCAGGGGAGCCAAGAUCUUUCAGAAAGCGUAAGCAGUCUGAUCGGUGUCUUAGAUAAACUUGACGCUUUAAUUGAUGAAACACCCCCAGUGGAACAGCCACAAAGGUUCGGAAAUGUGGCUUUCAGAACAUGGUUUUCAAAAAUGCGAGAUGGUUCACUAACUUUAAUCCAAGAGGUGUUCGAAUCCACCUUCAAUCAAGCAAUUCCUGAAAUCGUCACCUACUUGAUCGAUUCCUUUGGCAAUUCCACGCGAAUUGACUACGGGACGGGGCACGAAAUCUCCUUUAUAAUGUUUUUGUGUUGUUUGUUCAAAAUUGGGGUGCUAGGAGACUAUGAUAAGGUGGCGACGGGGUGCUGCGUUUUCCCCCGGUACUUGGAUUUGGCCCGAAAGUUGCAGAAAACUUACAGAAUGGAGCCCGCUGGAAGUCACGGCGUGUGGAGUUUGGACGAUUAUCAGUUCGUUCCUUUUAUCUGGGGCAGCUCGCAGUUGUUCGGACAUAUUGUUGUGGAGCCACACAUGUUUUUGCAACCACAAGUGUUGAACGAGUUUGGGGAGGAUUACAUGUUUUUGACUUGUAUUAAGUAUAUAAAUUCUGUCAAAACUGGGCCCUUUGCCGAACAUUCGAACCAGUUGUGGAGUAUUAGUGGGGUUUCGUCGUGGCAGAAAAUUAAUGGUGGAUUAAUUAAGAUGUACAAAGCUGAGGUCCUCAGCAAAUUCCCAGUGGUCCAACACAUGGUCUUCGGUUCGCUCUUCACCCUCAAACCCGUGGAGGAGUGCACCGGGAUGAUGACCCCCAAGUACACCAUGGGCCCGCCUCCCGGCAUCAGCGCCGCCUCGUCCUUCACCUCGAGCCGCGAGUCCAGCAAAUCGACUCUGGGCAGCAGAGAUACGAAAUCGUCGGCCGGGUCGGCGUACAGUCCGCCCCAUUCGGUGGCAACGCACGACAGCAGGUCGCUGAGGGACUCGAUGAAGGCGUCGCAGGGCGGGUCGAGGGCUACGGACGGGAGCGGCGUCGACGAGGGGGGAAGUCUCUACGAAAGGCAGUCCAACAUGUCGGGAGUUUCGGCAGAGUCCGGCGCUUCGGAGAGAGGUGCUAGAUAUGGGAGACAGGCGCCGCAGAUUCCGGCGGCGCUUCUGAGUGGCCUGGCGAGGAGAGGCAACGCGCCGCCGAGAGGCUCUGAGGACUCCGUCGAUGAGAUGAGGCCGAGGGCGGCGUCGAGUGCUCAGUCGGGGGAAGGGGCGGAAAGUGUGAGGUUUUCGACCGAGGUGGAGGAUGAGGCGCAGCCUCACGGGAGGAAGAGGAAUAUGCCGGACAGGCAAGCGUAUAAUUGAGUGUAUAUACUAAAUUUCCAAGUAAAUAUAAUUUAUUCCACAA